CUACCUGGCCUUGCUGUGGUCUGACUUUUACUCUGAAGUUGCUUGUUCAUUGCAGUUAUGCAAAAUUCUGCCGGAACAGAAAGUGAAAGCAGAAAUAAGUUCCCCUCCAUUCAGAUCUGCAGCAACGUGGAUUGAGAUUAAAUCUGUUUCUUGAAACAUAUUGUUCGGAUCCUGAGGGACCUAAUUGGAGCCAACACUUUGCUGGGGAGAACUAUGAGAUUUAGCCUGAAUGUUCAUCUUCCGGAAAAUUGAUUUAGUAUUCCAUUCCUCUGUCAUGGCUAAUUCAUGCAGAAAACUAGUAUUUAAUAUUUACAUAGGAUUUUACUGCUCAGCAGUCAUCAUGCCCCAAAAAGGUAUUUGUUCUCAGUUCACAAGUUCACCUAUUGAUGAGUUCAAUAAGGACCCUGAGGCUUUUCCAGUAGCCACCAAUGGGGAAAUAUUUCCUUGGCAUGAGCUGAGGCUCCCCACUGUGGUCAUUCCCCUCCACUAUGACCUUCUCAUUCACCCAAAUCUCACCUCCUUGGACUUUGUUGCAUCUGAGAAGAUCGAAGUAUUGGUUCGAGAUGACACCCAGUUCAUUGUCUUGCACAGCAAAGAUCUUGAAAUCAUAAAUGCCUCCCUUCAGUCAGAGGAGGAUGUGAGAUACAGGAAACCAGGGGAAAGGCUAACUGUUUUGAGUUAUCCUGCUCAUCAGCAAAUUGCCCUGCUGGUUCCAGAGAAACUUAGGGCUGACCUGAGAUACUCCGUGGCUAUUGACUUCCAGGCCAAGCUAGCUGAUGGUUUUGAAGGCUUUUAUAAAAGCACGUACAGAACUCUUGGUGGUGAAACAAGAACGAUUGCAGUAACGGAUUUUGAGCCCACCGAGGCACGAAUGGCUUUCCCUUGCUUUGAUGAACCACUGUUCAAAGCCAACUUUUCCAUCAAGAUAAGAAGAGAGAGCAGACACAUUGCCCUCUCCAACAUGCCAAAGGUUAAGACGAUUGAACUUGAAGGAGGCCUCUUGGAAGACCAUUUUGAAACUACUGUAAAAAUGAGUACCUACCUUGUAGCCUACAUAGUUUGUGAUUUCACUUCUGUGAGUGGUACCACCUCGUCAGGGGUCAAGGUGUCCAUCUAUGCAUCCCCAGACAAAUGGAGUCAAACACAUUACGCUCUGGAAGCGUCACUGAAGCUGCUGGACUUCUAUGAAAAUUACUUUGAUAUUCACUAUCCACUCCCCAAACUGGAUCUCAUUGCCAUUCCUGACUUUGCAAGUGGAGCCAUGGAAAACUGGGGCCUCAUCACGUACAGAGAGACGUCGCUGCUCUUUGACCCCAAGACCUCUUCUACUUCUGAUAAACUAUGGGUCACCAAGGUGAUAGCCCAUGAACUAGCACACCAGUGGUUUGGUAACCUGGUUACAAUGGAAUGGUGGAAUGAUAUUUGGCUCAAUGAAGGUUUUGCAACAUACAUGGAACUUAUCUCUCUCAACAUCACAUAUCCAGAGCUACAGUUUGAUGACAAUUUUUCGAACACAUGCUUUGAAGUCAUUACAAGAGAUUCACUAAAUUCAUCCCAUCCUAUCUCCAAUCAAGCAAAAACUCCUACUCAAAUACAGGAAAUGUUUGAUGCCGUUUCCUACAACAAGGGAGCUUGUAUUUUGAAUAUGCUCAAGGAUUUUCUGAGCGAGGAGACAUUCAGGAAAGGAAUUAUUCAUUACUUAAAGAAGUUCAGCUAUAGAAAUGCUAAGAAUGAUGAUUUGUGGCACAGUCUGUCAAACAAUUGUUUAGAAAGUGAUUCUACAUCGAGUGGAUUUUGUUAUUCUGAUUCCAAGAAGACAAGCAACACACUCGCGUUUCUGCGGGAAAAUGUAGAGCUCAAGGAGAUGAUGGCUACAUGGACUCUGCAGAAAGGCAUCCCCCUCGUGGUGGUUAAACGAGAAGGGCGUUCCCUCAGACUGGAGCAAGAGCGCUUCUUGUCCGGGGUUUCCAAGGAGGACCCUGAAUGGGGGACCCUGCAGGAAAGGUACCUUUGGCAUAUCCCAGUGACCUACUCCACGAGUUCCUCUAAUGAGAUUCACAGACACAUUCUGAAAUUGAAGACAGAUACUCUGGAUUUAUCUGAGAAGACCAACUGGGUGAAAUUCAAUGUGGACUCCAAUGGCUACUACAUCGUUCAUUAUGAAGGACAAGGAUGGGACGAGCUCAUUACGUUGUUGAAUCAGAACCACACACUUCUCAGACCGAAGGACAGAAUAGGCCUGAUUCACGACGCAUUUCAGCUAGUAAGUGCAGGAAGGCUGACCCUAGACAAAGCUCUUGACCUGACUCGCUACCUCCAACAUGAAACAAGCAUCCCCGCGCUUCUCAAAGGUCUGGAAUACCUAGAAUUGUUUUACCGCAUGGUGGAAAGAAGGAACAUUUCAGAUGUCACUGAAAAUCUCAAGCAUUACCUUCUCCAGUAUUUUAAGCCAGUGAUUGACACGCAAAGCUGGGUUGACGAGGGCUCCGUCUGGGACAGAAUGCUUCGCUCCACUGUCUUGAAGCUGGCCUGUUACCUGAACCAUGCUCCUUGCAUCCAGAAAGCAACUGAACUCUUCUCUCAGUGGAUGGAAUCCAGUGGAAAAUUAAAUAUCCCAACAGAUGUUUUAAAGAUCGUGUAUUCCGUGGGGGCUCAAACAACAUCAGGAUGGAACUACCUUUUAGAGCAAUAUGAGCUGUCAUUGUCCGGUGCUGAAAAAAACAAAAUUCUGUAUGCGUUGUCAACCAGCAGACAUCAGGAAAAGUUAAUGAAGUUAAUUGAACUAGGAAUGGAAGGGAAGGUUAUCAAGACGCAGGACUUGGCAGCUCUUCUUUUUGCGAUUGCCAGAAAUCCAAAGGGGCAGCAACUAGCCUGGAACUUUGUAAAAGAAAAUUGGACCCAUCUCCUUAAAAAAUUUGAGUUGGGCUCCUUCCCCAUGAGAAUGAUCGUCUCCGGCACAACAUCUCAUUUUUCUUCCAAGGAUGAGUUGCGGGAGGUGAAACUGUUCUUUGAAUCUCUUAAGGCCCAAGGAUCACAUCUAGAUAUAUUUCAAACUAUUCUGGAAGCGAUAUCCAAAAAUAUUAAGUGGCUGGAGAAGAACCUUCCCACCCUGAGGAAAUGGCUACUGAUUAGUAUUUAAAUGGUCGAUAAAAACGGCACAUCAGAUGUGUCUGCGUGAAGUGGGCAAAGCUCAAGCCAAUGUUCCAGACAGUUUAACAAGAAAGAAGCCUCGAGAAGUCAGCCUACACAGCUGCCUGGGCUCAGCUAUCACUUCUUGCUGACGGACAUAUGAUGCUGGGCUGGAGCCCCAGUAGCCUAUUUUAAAGUAAACCUCCUGAAUAAUGGAGAUAUGUGGGGAUGUAGAUAGAAAUAGCUGCUGCAACACAGACUGUCUACACUGCCCCACUUUAGGCAACUACUAUUUUGCUUCUCUGAUGCUUUUUAAGCCUUGCAUAGUAUCCUGGAGUUUUCCCAACCAGGUUACUUCCAAGGAAACAUAACUAGUCUGCAAAAAAAAAAAAUCUUUCUUUCACAUCUUUCCAUCUCCUCACCCUUCUGCUCUCUCAGCUCAGCCUAAAUAGUUUAUUUAUUUUUUAUCAUUCAUGUAAAAUCUCAAUCAAAUUAUGAAGCAUAUGGAUCAGGAAAACAGACAUAGCCAAAUCUCAGGUUAUUACAAACUAGAUGUCAGGGUUUGUCAAGGAAGCGAGGAAGGCCUUUUGGCUUGAGUCUCACAUUCAUGAAGAGCCUCGAAAGACUUCUGAGGUCAUCUCUAAAUGAAGUUAAAUCUGGAGUCACAGUGGUUCAGGAGAGAAAGAUGAUACCACUCCACUUUAACCGACGCACUAUUGCAUUUGUAAUAAAUCUUUUGAAAAUUGCAGAGUUAGAUGAUACUAUUGGAUCUAUUUUGGCUUCAAUAUAUUCUGUAUACAUUUUGGCUUAGUUUGAUGUAAAUAUUUAAAUGUAUCACUAUAUUUUGUAAACCAGUUUUGGCAUUUCUUCACAUUUUAAGGGAAUCUCCAUCUUUGAAAUUGUUUGACUUAAUUGUUUGACUAAGGUAUUAGAAAUAAAACAUCACUCUAAAUAAAGGUAGUAUGUUUAUUAAAUUCAUGAUCCACAUAUAAGUCAGUAUAAAUUAUAAUAAGUUCUUGAAAGAUUUGAAUCAAUACACAGAUUACUGUCUCAUCUUGGUGAUCAAAGAAGGCUGGGAUUAUUUGGGUGGGAGCAGGGUGGUGGGGUGUUAUCCAGUCCCUUUUAAAGUAAUGUCAUAAAGGUCUGUAGAACUUUCUCUACUGCCACAGUCAGAGACAGGAUACAUUUUGGAUGGACAUGGGCGUGACCCAAUACAUGUUUUGUUAAGUUUGUUUUUAAAUAAUUUCUUGGAGUCUUUCAAGCAUCUUGGACUCUAGAGUUGGCCUGUUCAUGGCCUUACAAUGUUUAUAUAACAUCUAAGGGAUGUCCCUGUAGAAGUGUAUGUGUUUUUGCAUAAAGAAACUGAAAGAAUAAAAAAUUCUAUUUUUUCCACCAAAAUAAUAUGUAAAUUAAGCAGUAAAAUAUAUAUGAGUUUUGGUUGAAUUGUGCCAUUAAUAUUGCCGGUAGUAAGAAAAGUUCUUUCUCUUGGGUAAUAACUUAUCUGCCGUAAGUUUCCAGGGUUUUAAUUCUCUUCCUUUUAGUCCCUUAUUUAACUACAAUUUUUAAUCUCUCAGAUUCUCAAGAAUUGAGUAAAGAAAGUGGAAAUUUUGUUAUUUGAUGAGAGUGAACGUGAGAAGUGCUGUGACAAUGAUGUUUUAAUGAAUAAAGAGUUUUUU